GUCCUGUUUUAAUAGGUCGCUCACUAAUCAAGCACACAUCUCGCAAAAAAAAAAAACUCAAUCAUGGGCUUCUUUGAUUCGGACUUGAGUUACCCCACCGUGCGCUCCGAGCGCAUGAAGCACAAGCGCCGUCGCCUCGUGCAGGGCCCCAACUCAUACUUUAUGGAUGUGAAGUGCCCCGGCUGCAGUGGGAUCACCGUCGUGUACUCCCACGCGACAUCCGAGGUCAUCUGCAAGGGCUGCUCCACGAAGCUUUGCCGUCCCACUGGUGGCAGGGCGAAGCUGGUGCAGGGCUGCAGCUUCCGCCGCAAGUUGGACCAUUAAAAAGGAAAAGAGUACGAGGGUUGUGAUAUGCCGAGCCUAAGGUUAUUGAAUGCAUACACUCUUUUCUGGUAAAGUCCAUAUUUUUAUGAGAACUCAAGUGAGAGGGAUGCUGGACCAUUGCUUUUAGCUUAUCAUUUCUGUAAAAAAAUAAAUAUGAAAUAGUAAAAAUGGAAAAA